AGUGGGACUUUUAUUCUGAAAGAGCGUUUGCAUCGCUUGUUACGCGCUUGCUCUGCUAAACGUAAUGUAUCUGCGUGAGAUAUCAGUUUAAUGUUAACUAAGGACCGCGUUUGUACACAAGUAAUAUUUAACACUCCACAUUGAAAUGUUUUAAUGGUUAUAAAUUGGUUAUAGAGACAUGUUAGCUAACGGAAGUGCUGUUGACGCUAUCACAUAGGCUGUUUGGUUGUGUACUUCAUUGCACUCGUUCACGUUUGCAUUAACGUUACUUAAUCAUAUAAACGCGUGCCGUGGAGAUAUGUUCGCUAAUGCUGAGAUCUGCGGGGCACUAAAAAUUGGACACUAAAAGCGCGCCAUGGCCCAGCGUUACCACAGAGACCGUCAUCACGAGACCGAUUAUAAAAGGAGCGGAGACUCCGAGUAUAAGACGAACAAGCGCCACAGACCGACCGAGGAGGGCCAGCACGGACCCCCGGAGACGCUGAGCGCUCACAGACAGCUGUACGAGAGGAACUUCCCGCUCUAUAAGCAGCCCGUGGAGGUGGGCUGCUUCUCUCUGGACUCCCGCAGGAGCUUCCGCAACGACCGGAGGCAGCUGCGCUACUACGUGCGGCCCGCCAAGAGCCCGGACUUCAACUUAAGGGACGGAUACACCAGCCGCUUCGUCAAAAGAGAUGAGAGCGUGAAAGAGAGGCUCGAUCACGUGCUGAGGUGGAUUCUGGCCAACAGAGACAAGAUCCAAACCAGAGACCAAACCCCCUCCUCCAGCGCUCUAGGAGUGGACUUCGUGACAUGGAGAGGACACCUGACCAAGCUGCUGACCACCCCCUACGAGACUCAAGAGGGGUGGCUGCUGGCCGCCUCCAGGUUCAGAGGCACCGUCUACGUCAGUGAGGUGGAAACCGAGGCGGCCAGAGCGAGCCGAGAGACGCGCUCCGAGCGCCACGAGGAGAUGAUGUACUGGGGGUACAAGUUCGAGCAGUACAUGUGCGCAGACGACGCGGAUGGGGCUCCGGACCCCGGGGGCGUGGUGAACACCAACGAAGCGUUCUGCACGGUGGUUCAGACGCGCCUCGCCGACCACAGGCUGCUCUUCUCUGGAGAAGUGGACUGCCGCGUCAAAGACCCCGACGCCCCUCCGGCUCCGGGAUGCUACGUGGAGCUCAAGACCUCGGCGGAGAUCUGCACCCCGAAGCAGCGGAGCAACUUCCACAGGUACAAGCUGCUCAAAUGGUGGGCUCAGUCGUUUCUUCCUGGAGUGCCACAGAUAGUCGCUGGGUUUCGAGACCAUGACGGGAUCGUGGUGUCUGUUGAGAGCUUCCCAACCUCAAAGAUCUCACAACUCAUCAAGAACGAGUACAACUGCUGGAAGCCAACAGUCUGUAUGAAUUUCUGCAACGAUUUCCUGUCCUUCGUCAAGUCAGUCGUCAAAGAGGACGACCCAAGACUGGUGUACCUGUUCUCGUGGGACCCUCACCGAGACGUGACCUACACCGUCCACAGAGACUCCCAGCACACCUUCUUACCCGAGUGGUACGUCAAGGACCUGAGCGCUCCUCAGUCGUCUCGCCGCUGAGCGCCCGGCGGGACGUAAGGACAUCUCCGACUUCGCUCGUGUUUUCUAUGAAUGCUCUGGAUUCAGUUUGCGCAUGCGCACGCUGACUUUUGUGUACAUAAAUAUAUUGUGACUUUUAUCCUUUAUGCUGGGUAACCCCCGUAAAAUACCCUUGAGAUAUUUAAGCAAAAGAUAAUGCACGUAUUCGAAGAUAGUCAGAUAUUUUAUACAUUUACAAUACAGUAUGACAAUUUUAGCGCAAACGGGCCCUAAUUCAUGAACUUUCUUGAGUGAAGCUGUUAUGUGAAUUAAUUCAGUGUUUGUACAAAUGAUUUUUAUUCGUUGCACUAUGAAAAAUAUGACGACUUUAUUACCACAAUUUAAGACUUUGUGGAUGAGUUUUAUUAUUUUUUUCCCCCUCAUUUUAGUUGAAUCGUAUUCUGAUAGCCACGUAAUAAAAUAAAAUAGUGUAUACGUUUUCUGUCACAGCUGUGAGAUUUGCAUUUGCAGGUCAUAUAAAGUUGCAAUUACAAGGAAAAAAAAGUGAACUUGACUUACAAGAACAAAAUAAACCUGAUAACGUCACAAUACUGACA